AAUAAUUACACCCCGCUCUACUGAAGACAUAAAUAAUAAAAUAAAGCGUCUGAAAAGCAAAUCUUCUAUUAUGAAAACUAAGCCCGGCGGAUAUAAACGUAUAUCAAGUGGUUCAGCCGAUGCUUUAAAAUGUCGCACAAAAAAUAACAGAAAACGGAAGCGAACAAGCAAUUAUCAAAUUCAACAUCAAAAUCGCAUGAAAACCAUUUGUUUCUAUUACAUUAGAAAAUAUUUCUGGAAAUACAAAUCAAAUGCUAAGAAGAGGAUAAAAGAAAAAUACAAUAUUGAUACGAACCUUGAAGUGAAAAGUUUUACAAAUACCAAAACAUUUGAUGGGAACUACAUCGGUGUUGGUAAAGUAACGAGAAGGGCUCACACGAAAUCUGUUGCGCGGGAGGACGGGUCUUUUUCUAAACUGGAAUUGAAGAGGGCAUUCAACUACGCUAUAAAUACACUAAAGUUAAAAAAGUUUAGAAAACAAAAUGUUGGCAGAGAGAGAAAGGCGACAAUAAAAGUUUUCCUGUACUUUAUACGAGACUGCAACGAGGUAAAUAUAGAGAAUGGAGAUAACAUUUUUAUAAACAGCACCAUCGUUGAGGACAGAAAAGAGAAACAACUCUCAAAGGGCGUGUGAUUGAACAAGCCUAUGUUGGAUUGGACCUCAUUUAGAAAAAAAAAAUUAAUUAUAAUUUAUUUAAAUCAUUGUUUAAAUCUAUAUUAAGUGUUAUACUUUAACCUAUUUUAUUUCUAUAGUAAAAUUGAAACAUUUGUGUAAAUACUUUUAAAGCACUACUUCUAAAAGACUUAUGUCUGUUUUUGUUAAUAGUUGUUUUUUAAUAUAGAAAUAACGUCCUGGUUACUGUAAAACAUUUAAAAGUACUACUCACAAUUCCAACCUAGAAUUAGAUUAUCUUCUAAAAGUAGAACAGACUAAAUUUCAACAAAUUUCAAUGUUAUAAAAUUAAUAACAAGUUAUGAUUUAUAAAUGUGUUAAUUUAUACUCUAAAGCUAAUAAACGGUAUAAAAUG